AUGCUUCACCUGCUGACAUGGCUUCUGAUCUUAAUACCAGCUUUUCUAGCCGCAGAGGACAUAUGCUCUCAUAGGCCGGAUGUUACUGCCUUGAAAAACUGUUGCAAAAUGCCAAACCUGGAAUUCUCGUUUUACAACUCAAAGUGUGGUCAGUAUAUGGUCAAUGGCUUCCACAUAACACCUUGCAGCUUCGAGUGUAUUUUUCAAGCAUCCGGAGCUUUGAACGGCACCAGCUUGGUCAUGGAAAACAUCGAGAAGAUGUUGAAAAACGUUAUGGCCUCUGAAGAAUUUCUGCAGAUCUAUGUGGAUGGUUUCAGGAGCUGCUCUGCCCAGGAGAAGGCCAUGAUCAAGAACCUCAAGCGGCGCCGCAUGCCGCUCACCGGAAAGUGCUCCUCCAUGGCCUUAAUGUACGGCCUGUGUUCCCAUCGGUACUUCUACCGCUUUUGCCCGGACAAAGUUUGGAGCAAGAGUGCCGGCUGCAAUGAGGCCAGGGAGUACAGCAUUCGUUGCGACGACCAGAUGACCAACAAAACGCAUUGA